AUGGAAAUUACCCAGAUUAUGAUUGCAAUGUUAAUGGCUGGCCACACACAAGCUCAACUAAUAGGAUUUGUUCGUGAUAUGCCAAUUCCUGGAAAAAACUACGUUAUUCAAAAGAUGUCUAUACCCAACGCAUUCCUACUCUUACUGCGAGAUCUAAAUAUUUUGAAAAUGCCGAGAAAUUUAAUCCAUAUAGGUGGAAAAAUUGAUUUACAAAAUAAAGAACGUGAUGAUGGUCUUGUGGAUUAUCGUUUUGGUGUUCCUUCUGUUUGUGCAAAAUCCUAUG